AUGCUGCACCAAUGUAAGUCUUGUGCAAUUGCUCGUCCCAUUUCGGUCGUACUCAUUCCUGUUAGGACUCCGGUGAAGCGAGAUCUCAAGUUCGACUAUAACGGAGAGAAAGUCAGAGGCGUGAACCUCGGCGGCUGGUUUGUGCUGGAGCCCUGGAUAACGCCGAGCAUCUUCGAGCAGUGGGCCGACAGCAACACCGUCAAGGACGAGUACACUCUCACCCAAACCCUCGGAAAGGAUGAGGCCCUCAGCCGCCUCUCUGAUCACUGGAACUCGUGGAUCACCGAAGACGAUUUCCAGCAGAUCGCAAGCCACGGAAUCAACCACGUCCGAAUCCCCAUCGGCUACUGGAGUGUGAUCCCAAUUGAUGGCGAGCCGUACGUCCAGGGUGCGUAUGAUGUUUUGGGCAAGUCUCUGGAUUGGGCCGCGGGCGCGGGCCUGAAGGUGAUGAUUGACCUGCAUGGUGCACCCGGGUCCCAAAAUGGCUUCGACAAUUCUGGUCGCCUUGGCGCCAUCGAUUGGACCCAAGGUAAUACCUAUGAUCAAACCAUCAACGUUCUCAACAAGAUCCGUGACGACCACGCUUCCCACCCCGCCGUAGCCGCAAUCGAGCUCGUCAACGAGCCUAUGGGUUGGGAUCUGAACAUGGACACCGUACGCCAAUUUUAUAUGGAUGGCUGGGGUAACCUAAAGAACUCCGACGUCGCCAUUACCUUCCACGAUGCCUUCCAAGGCGUGACGAACUGGGGCGACUGGGGCUCCGGCAUGUGGAGUUUGCUCCUCGACACUCACCAUUACGAGAUCUUUGACAACGAUGCCGUCGCCCAGUCUCCAAGCGAGCACGUGGCAACCGCGUGCAGCUUUGGUAACGACAUGGCAAGCACCGGCAAAUGGACCAUCGCAGGCGAGUUCACAGGCGCCAUCACCGACUGCGCGAAGUGGCUCAAUGGUCUCGGCAUUGGUGCUCGCUACGAUGGUACCUUCUCUGGAUCGACUUCCGUUGGAUCGUGCGAUGGAAAGUACACUGGGACUGUCGCCGGUCUCUCGGAUGCCGACAAGUCGAAUAUAAAAAAUUUCAUCAACGCGCAGCUAGAUGCGUUCGAGAAGGCCUCUGGCUGGAUCUGGUGGACCUGGAAGACGGAGUCCGCACCGGAGUGGGACAUGCAGGACCUGUUGGCAGAGGGUAUCUUCCCAUCGCCCGUGUCAACCCGAAAUGGUAAGUCCCUCGAUCCCAAGCUCUUUCUUUACUACAUUUUUGUUGCGAUGUUGUUCGGGUCGACUUCAUGGAUGUUGGAAUGGGCCCUUGCUGACUUGCUCUUACAGUCCCUGGUCUCUGCGGCUAAAUCUCAUUGGCGCAUUAUUCAACCAAUCAUCCGCAUCUCAUUUCUUCACUCGCUCCCACCACAUCAACACCAUGACCUUUCCGCACGCUUCACGAUAUGA